AUGAACACUAGUGUCAACGCCAUCGCCGGUCCUUCCCGACCCUUACCGCGUCAAUCAGCGCGGCCGUUCGUUUCAGCUGAUAAUCGACCUUCUGAACCUGAUGGGAUCUUUAGAGUGGUGCUGAUCACUAGUGGGAGUGUAGCUAGUAUCAAGGCUCCUGACAUCGCUGCUGCGCUAUCUCAAUCUGGUGACAUAGCGUUACAAAUCGUCGCUACGAAAUCAUCGACUCAUUUCUGUAAUCAGCGGACUGUAGACGCAGCCAUACGAAAAUCAUUCGGUAUUAGUGAGGAUGAGAAUGUUCCUGACGAUCUCGGUGUGAGAGUAUGGACAGAUGAGGAUGAAUGGUCUGACUGGAAGAAAGUGGGAGAGCCAAUCUUACACAUCGAGUUACGUCGUUGGGCAGACUUGGUAGUCAUCGCACCGUGUUCAGCCAACACUCUAGCCAAGAUAGCUGGAGGACUAUGCGAUAAUCUAGCUACAUCGCUUCUUCGCGCUUUAUCACCUUCCACACCCGUCAUCGUUUGCCCAGCAAUGAACACUCACAUGUAUCAGCAUAAAUUCACUGCGAAGCAUUUACGUAUAUUACAAGAGCAAUUAGAGUAUCUUAUAUUGGGUCCACAGGGAAGUGGUAUUUUAGCUUGUGGUGAUGAUGGUCCCGGUAAAAUGACAGAUUGGAGAGAAAUCGUAUUUACCAUUGAGAACUUCGCAUCAAUUCACAAGCAGAGGAUUGAUCAAAGAAGAAUGUCCGCUGUACCACCACAUCGUCAUCUUCCGACCACCGAAAUCCCUAGUGCUGAUGUUAUUAGCAAUCGGAACGGGGAUGGUCAGAACCAGAAUCAGUCGGAUCGACCUAAAACACCGCCUACACCCGGUAUACCAACUAGCUCUGUACUGCCGAACCGCUUAAAUAAUAUGACUGUUGAUGAGACGAACAGAUCAUCGGUAUCGGAUGUUCCUUUAGUAGAAACUCAGGGUAACCCGAUAGAAACUUCUCUAGCGCAUUGGAAGAAGAUGCAGAACGAGUCUUAUUGGCAGAAUAAAUGGUGGGCAUUUCCUUGA